AUGUUAACAACUCCUCUAUUGUUGCUUUGUGUUGCUACUUGUUUAUCGCCUACGGCAUCGGUUACAGAUCGUUCCAAAGCAAAUUUGCAACCUCAAGUGAAACUUAGAACAUGGGAACAAGCUAUUGCCAUGGCCAAAUCAUUUAUUGGUCAACUGACGCUACAAGAAAAAUGCCAUUUGACAGCAGGUGUCAGUGGGACGUGUGCUGGCAAUAUUGCAUCGUUACCACGUGUCAAUUUUAGUGGCUUCUGCCUUCUAGAUACACCGUCAGGUGUUGGUGAUGGUGUUUUAUAUUCAACUGCAUUUGUAAGUGGCAUUCAUAUAGCAGGGACAUGGGAUCGAGAUUUGUUUUAUCGACGUGCUGUCGCAAUCGGAAAAGAAUUUCGAGGCAAAGGUGUCCAUUAUGCACUUGGCCCUAUGGUGAAUAUAGAUCGAAAUGCUCGGCAUGGCCGUAACUGGGAAGGAUUUGGCUCGGACCCAUAUCUUUCAGGUGAAAAUGCAUUUUUCUAUACUCAAGGUGUUCAAGAUCAAGGUGUUGUUACAACAGCAAAGCAUUAUAUCUGCAAUGAGCAGGACACGCAUCGCAGUGGUGUCAUGAAAGGUGCUAAUGAUGCUGUAGUUUACUCAGCCAAUCUUGAUGAUAAAACUAUGCAUGAAAUUUAUCUUUGGCCAUUUGCAUCAAGCGUUGUUGCUGGAGCAGGUUCUAUCAUGUGUUCGGCCAAUGAAAUUAAUGAUACACGAGCUUGUCAAAAUAAUCAAACGCAAAAUGGUUUGUUGAAAGGAGAGUUAGGAUAUAUGGGCAAUAUAUUGACGGAUUGGAUGGGAUCAAAAUCAACCGUCGAUCCAGUUUUGUCAGGAUUAGAUAUUGAUAUGCCGGGUAACGAUGGAUAUAUGGGUGAUACUUUAGUAGCAUUUGUUCAAAAUGGAAGUAUUCCUGAAUCAAGAAUUGAUGAUAUGGCUACACGCAUUAUCGCACCUUACUAUCUCGUUGGACAAGAUCAAGAUUAUCCAACACUUGAUCUUGACCGUGAUGCCAUGGAAAAUAACUAUCUAGUUAAUCGAGAAGCCAGUCGUGCUGGUAUGAUAUUACUAAAGAAUGUCAACAAUAUAUUACCAUUAAAUUCUUCCAUCAAUACAAACAUUUAUAUCUAUGGACAAGCAGCUGGUCAAACGAAUUGUGGUCUUGAACAAACGUCAUGGAAUGCAAAUUGUGGAGGUGCAUUGUAUCAGGGUGGUGGUUCAGGUUUUGUUCGACCAGCCUAUGCUCUAGAUCCUCUCACUGCACUGAUGCAAAAAGGUCGAGAUGAUCGUCUUCAAAUUCGAUAUAUUGCCAAUCAAAACGAUUUUAUUUCCAUUAAUCGCACAUUCAGCGAUCGUGGUUUUCAAAAUGCUAAAUGUCUUGUAUUUAUUAGUGCUUGGUCGGAAGAAGGAAUAGAUCGAACCGACCUAUAUGCUUUUGCUAAUGGUGAACAACUCGUUCUAACUGUUGCUCAAAAUUGUCGUCAAACUAUUGUCCUUGUCAACAGUGUCUCACAACUGAAUCUUGAACGAUGGGUUGAUCAUCCAAAUGUCGUUGGUGUUCUUUGGACUGGUAUGCCUGGCUCUGAAUAUGGACCUGCUCUUGUCGAUAUUCUCUUUGAGGGUGUCUUCUUAGAUUAUCGUCAUUUUGAUAAAUAUAAUAUUACGCCAAGGUAUUAUUUUGGAUAUGGUCUUUCAUAUACUAGUUUCUCGUUUGGUAAACUUGAAAUUUCACAAGCAAACGAUGAUGAUAAAAACUCUCCAGCGUCAUUAUAUAAACAACGUCGAAUGAGACCGUACAAUAAUUUUAGUGACUCAGGAUUAUAUGAUCCUGUUUAUACAAUUAAAUGUACAGUUAAAAAUACUGGGAACUACUAUGGAUCCGAAGUAGCACAAUUAUAUCUCGGUUUUCCUGUUCAAGCACAAGAACCACCGAAAAUACUACGAGGAUUUGAGCGCGUCUAUUUAGAACCCAAUGAAUCAAGAGAAGUUGCAUUAGUUUUGACACGAAAAGAUGUCUCUUACUGGAAUGUAGUCAAUCAACAAUGCGCAACGGUAGUUGAAGUUCAAGACGCCGAUGUGGGUGUGGAUCAGUUUGAUCCUGAGAAUGAUGAUCGUAACGCAAUGGAAUUAAUUAAGAAUGGGUCUGGACCAUCAGUUAUGGUUGUAUACUAUCCUAACAACAGUGGUCAACAAAGCGCCUGA